AUGUCGCUUGGCUGUAUCCUCUGGGUGGGUCUCUGUUUACGGGAAUCGAUGGAUGAGAGGAUUCCCAUCCUGGCGUCUUCCUUUACUGUCUCUCUUCAUACCAUGGACAACAUCACAGUUGUGAUUAAACUGAGACCUGGUGUUCCACAGGCCUGUCAGAUUCGUGUGAAAUAUUUACCCAGAUAUGACCUCAAGAUAAAACCAGGGGAGAAUGUAACUUUUACUUUCACUUGUAAAAAUCCAGAGGAAUAUUUCAUCAUGGAAGUUCAGAAAAAUAUUGACUGUGUGUCAGGUCCAUGUCCCUUUGGAGAUGUCCACCUUUACCCACCAGGACUACCUCGUCUUAACAGGACUUUCAUCUGGGAUGUGAAGGCCAGUACAAAGGCUGGGCUCGAACUGAAAUUUGCCACCCCAUGGCUAAGACAGAUUGAGCCAGAAGGCACAUGUCCAGAUUUCGUUAGUUACAAUAUCAGCAGCUGUAUCGAUACAGCCACGGUCAACAUUGGCACCUUCUGCAGAGGUGGCUCAGUGUCUCGGGUCAAACUGCAAGGAGGGCUCAUCAUGGCUUUGUAUCUCCCAUGGAACUCAUCUCUCAUCACCUCAGGCUUUAACAUAGCAAAUAGAUCUUCCAUCAAAAGAUUAUGCAUUAUUGAAUCCACUUUAAAGGAGGAAUCUUCCGUCACCCUCAUGUCCCCCAACUAUCCCCGGGGCUUUCCAGAGGACGAGCUCAUGACAUGGCAGUUUGUUGUUCCGUCCAACAUGAGAGCAAGUGUUUUUUUUCACAACUACAGUCUCUCCAACUGUGAAAGGAAAGAGGAGAGGGUGGAGUACUACAUACCUGGCUCAGUGAGCAACCCAGAGGUGUUUAAGCUGAGUGACAUACAGCCUGCCAAUAUUGCUGGCAGUUUCAACCUGUCCCUGCAGGGCUGCGACCAGGAUGCCCAGAACCCCGGCGUCCUCCGUUUGCUUUUCCAAGUCGUUGUUCAGCACCCUCAAAUUGAUGAGAAUGUCACCCAUUUGGUUGAUCUUAGCAAGGAAUGGGAUAUGACUGUAACGAUACACUCGGAAGGGUGGCCCAACAGGAGCCCGUUCAUGUCGGAGCCAGUAUGCCUGAUCUGUAAGGAUCCUCGCACCUGUGACCGCGCUCUGACAUUAGUGUCUGGUGCCAUCUACAAGAUUUCCUUUCUCUGCAAAGACUUGGCCCGCCUGAGGAUCACAGCUGAAAAAAAAAUAAGUUGUGUUGAUUUUUGGCGGUGCCAAGGGAAGAUCUAUGGCCUUUCAGUGCCCAAGGCUAUUACCCAGCUGCCAGUUCGACUGCAUAGGUUUAUUUGGAAGCUUUUGGCUCCGGAGCAGAUCAAUGUAGAAAUUAUGUCUCCGACCUUGAAACUUCAGCAACACGUCCAAGAGCAAAAGUGCAACACAAGCUACAGUUACAGCAUCAUUAGUGCCACCCCAGAGAGGAAUUUAACUCUUGGUACAUUCUGUCCUGGAGGAUCUAUUGAAAAGAUUCAGAUGAGGAACAAUGUUACCAUAUCUUUAAAAACAUUUGGUAAAGGAUUCCUCAAUGAGUCUAAUCGUCAGGAUCUGAAAAUGUCUUUUGUGCAACAUACUAAAGAUGAAUGCAUGUUCACUGUGAGGCCGGACCCAGGAGCUAAACUCUACUUACAGACCCCCAACUGGUCGCACGGUCUGCCCCCGUACGUCUCUAUGUCGUGGUACAUCAUGGUGCCCAGCAAGCAGGUCGCUCGCCUGGGAUUCUCCAAGGAUCGCAUGGGCGUCUCCUGUGAGACGGGCCGUGCUUAUGUCAACAUCCAGGAACAGCGACUCGGGGCAGAAGAAACCGUGCGCCGGGAGGACGAAGCUCUGCCUAAGCCCCUGCAAAUGUACCACAACUUCUGGGUAAACAUCUCCAACUGUAAACCUGUGGAUAAGACGCAUUUUGCCUUGCAGUUCUGGGUGAUUUUGGCUGAAAAAAAGAUAGAUCUAGCAGUGAUAAUUGCUGUGGUGUCUGGGGCUGGACUUCUUGUGGCUAUUGGACUCACCGUGUGCUGCGUUAGGAAAAAGAAGAAGAAAAGCCAGAAUCCUAUGGUGGGAGUAUACAAUGCUAACGUGAAUACCCAGAUGCCUGGAAAACCAGGCUUAUUCAAGAAAGGGAGGAGGAACAACGAGUCUCACGUCUACGCAGUGAUUGACGAUGCCAUGGUCUACGGGCACUUGCUGAAGGAAUCCAAUGGCUCCAUUACCCCAGAAGUUGAUGUGUACCGGCCUUUCGAUGGCCCCGUUGGUAGCUUGCCACCUUCUCCACCUCCUCUGUCUUUCAGAAAAGAAAUUAAACUCUCUCGUAGCACAGAGGAACCUCCACCUCUGACAGACACAGACCAUGAUGCUUAUACGUUUGCUCACCAGAAAGUGGGGGAACCAGAGAAGAAUGGAGAUGCAAAUGAAAAGAGUAAUGGAGAUACAAGCACAUCCUUGCUGGAAAAUAAGGAAGAGGAUGGUUCAGAGGAGUAA